CCUGGCCCCUAGCGUAGGCGCGCUGAGGCGCAGGAUCAAGCCGCAGCAGCUCACACCUCAGCGUGGAGCAGUGUCUGCCUCUUCCACCCCAAGACGAUGUACAGUGUGUCUCGCUACUUCUGCUGCGCCGUACCGCAGCCAUAGACUACGCCCACGAGCAAUGCGGCGGUCAUGGACAAGAAGGCGCUCUUCUUUCCGUGCGGCCUUAUACUAGCAAGCAGCUACCUGUCUACUGCGACGCCCAUAGAGUACUCAUUUGCCCUCGAUAAGCCCUUACACACCACCUGCGUCGUGCUGCUGCUCACCGGCCUGCUCGUUAUCGCAGUGGAAGCCUGGCCCGGCCGACCGCACCAGCCACAGCUACCAGCGCGAUAUGUCGCGAUACCACUCAGUGACGGCCACAGCAGACAACAUGCCGAGCAACACUGGACCGAGGCAGGGCUUGUUGGUCGCAGGAAGUCAUGGAGCGUCAGGGCAGUCGGCGCACUCCUCGCCGUGCUGCUGUUCGCAAUAUGCGGCCGCAUUGGCGUCUUCUACCGUGUUGUAAAGGACGUCGAGUGCACUGGUACCUCAGCUGUGACGUUCAUCCCCGUCGUCCUCGCCCUCUACCACAGCAUCCGCCAUCCCUCCCAACGCCAGUACCCCGCCUGGAGCGCUGACUCACGCCCAAAGACGCUGCUCGAACGCGUCGUGAACUUCACCUAUGGCGACUCGACGCGCUACAUCGUCCCUGCCAUUCUGCUGUCGAUCAGCAGCUUCCUCGUUCUGAUCAAGACCAGCGCGCUGCGGUCCACCUACAUCUGCCCCGUCUCGAACUCGACAGCGGCCCUCGUCCCUACGCUGCAGUUUGUAGGAUUCGUUUUGGAUACUAUUGUUGUCCAGUCGUUGUACCGCUUGGUUGACGACGGCAUCUCUCCGGUCGAUGACUGGACCAUCCAGCUUCAGGAUGGCACAUCGAACAACCUACUCAUCGGUCUGACCCUCAUUGCUUCCUCACUAGUUCUUGUUGUUACUGGCAUUGUUGUAUACCCUGCCAUACCUGAGCACCGCGAUUGGAUGCUCUCAUUUCCAUCUGAGUAUUUGCUUGGCUUGUUACGUUUAUCGUUGAUGAUACCCCUUAUGACCUUUUGCUUUUUGAAGUCGGCACGACUCUACGGCGUUAUGAGCGCGGUGCUCACUGUUGCAUUUUCCUCUGCAUACAUCGGCGUUCUUCGAGCACUAGGGACCGGCGCGUCUCACGCAUUCCCACCAAAAUCUACAGUGAGCCUUGUGCUUUGCUUGACGCUACUCACUAUUGCCCUCAUUCUCCAUUUGGUCACAGAUACCAACAUCGAGUCUCGUAUACGCUUCACCGUGCCGGUCCGGCUGGGCAGGAACCAGUCGGCAAUCUUUGUUCUCCUUCUCAUCGGUUUCUCCAUCGGCGUUGUCGUCUAUCGUCGCCGGGACCCCAUCCUCGAACAUCCUAUUACAGCCCUGAUCGAGUUUGCCAACAUUCAGCACGAGCAAUGGGCGUCACAAGCCCACCGCAGCCAGUCACUUGCCCAGGCUGUCGUACACUAUCAGCAGCGCUAUCAUCGAGAUCCUCCACCCUACUUCGACAAAUGGUACCAAUUCGCUGUCGCACGAAAUUCCAUUGUGAUCGACGACUACGACAACAUUGAAAAAGAUCUCGCCCUCUUCUCGUCAUACACUCCAGAUGAUUUGCGACUGCGCACAGCGACCGUGUUGGCUACACAUCAAGGAGUUGGAGGUGUACGCAUUCGCGACGGUUCGGCAGAUGCGCUAGCCGGCGUGCCUGAAGAGCAGAAGUGGGUCAUCGAUGGUGCGACCGCCAUGAUCAUGCACUUCGCUGAGUACCUUCCUGACAUGGAUCUGGCAUUCAAUCUCGGUGACGAACCUCGUGUCGCUGUGCCUUUCGAUCGGCUACAGAACGCUCUGAGCAACCCGCAACGAUACCCAGUACCCGAACCAUCUCGAGCACGGCUCGAUUUCAGUAUUGACCGCGCAGACAGAUGGCCUAACAUCGACAACAUACGUACCGAUCCACAGUUCUUCGAGGAUGCCCGACUUAAGCCAUCAUUCCAGACGUACGGAUCUGUGGCUUGUUCUCCCGAAUCUCGUGCGCGCAAGGAGCGUCACUGGAACACGGGGACCUUUUGCCCCACCUGCAGCAUGCCGCACUCCAUGGGCGCGUUUGUUUCAAACUGGAGCAUGGCUGCUGACCCAUGCCAUCAGCCCGACAUUGCGAACCUCCACGGAGUGUACCUCAGCCCGUCCAACCUGACAGGAACUCAUGGCAUUGUACCGAUCUUCAGUCAAAGCCGAGCGUCUGGAUAUGUGGACAUUCGAUAUCCAUCUCCCUGGAACUACAUGGGAAGGUCAAAGUACGACUUCGAUGAGAAAUACCCAGAUCCACCGUUUCAGCAGAAGGAGGAUGUCUUUUUCUGGCGCGCUUCCACAGAAGAAGGCACUAGUACAACUGGGACCUGGAAGGGCAUGCUACGCCAACGCCUCGUGCACUAUUUGAACUUCAACACGACGUCUCGAGUGCCUAUGCUGCUUCCGAAAGGUGAUCACAGCGACAGGCUUGAGUACAUCAUGAAGCGCAGAUCCGAUGUCAAGAGACUGCUCGAAACAAAGGUCGAUGCUCAAUUCACCGAACUCAAUCAUUGCGCUGGCCAAGACUGUAUCGACCAGUCUCACGAGUUCAAGCCUACUGAUGCCAUCGACCUUAGGAAGCACUGGCGCUACAGAUACCUCUUCGAUGCCGAUGGUGCAGGGUUCUCGAGCCAUUUCCUUCCUUUCCUUCAAUCCAACUCUGUCGUUCUCAAAACUGGCAUCUUCCGCGAAUGGUAUGAUGGCCGCCUCGUUGCCUGGAAACAUUUCGUACCGAUCGAUCUACGACUCCACGACCUCUUCUCCAUCCUCGCGUACUUCGGCGGAUACGGUGUCGAAGAGAGGAAUAAGAGGAUGAUGGAGGGCAGGGCCAAGGAUGCUGAAGCUAUCGCACGGCAAGGCAAGGUCUGGACGGAGAAAGUGCUCAGGAAGGAGGAUAUGGAGGUCUACAUGUUCAGGCUGCUGCUCGAGUGGGGAAGGUUGACGGACGACAAGAGGACGGAGAUUGGGUUCAGGAUGGGUAAGGGGAGUGGAGAGGUUUAAAUGAGAGGCGUUAAUGGGUCGGCAUAGCGUUGCGUGGUGUACUUGGGAAUGGAAACAUCAUUGUCUCUUGCAAACGAUUGGUCGAUGCACGGUGUCGUGACUUAGAUGUGUACGAAGCGAUCGACUCACUGACAUCUUCUUUCCCC